UCUUACAUUAUUUGUUGCAUAGUGGAGAUGGUAAAAGGAAAAAUCAAAUGGAGAAGUUUAUUGUCACCAUAAUCAUUGGAGUCGCUUUUGGGUUCUUCCUUGGAGUGUCAUAUCCAUCACUCACAUCAAAUAAGCAAAAUAUUAGAACAAGUCUUAUUCACAACUUAGGUUUUCCAGCCCAAGAGUAUGUGGUUUCAACUGAGGAGGAGACUUGCAACUCUACAGCAAAUCAAAAUGUUAUGAAUUUUACAAAGAUUUGGGUUCCAUCAAAUCCGAGAGGAGCAGAAAGAUUAGCACCCGAUAUUAUUGUCUCUCACUCAGAUUUGUAUCUCCGACGGUUAUGGGGAACGCCCAGUGAGGAGCUGAGUAGCAGACCAAGGUAUCUGGUAACAUUUACUGUAGGAUAUAAGCAGAAGAAGAACAUUGAUGCUGCUAUGAAAAAGUUUUCACACAAUUUUACUAUCAUCCUGUUUCAUUACGAUGGGCGAACAUCUGAGUGGGAUGAUGAGUUUGAGUGGUCGAGGAAGGCCAUUCAUGUGAGUGUUAAUAAACAGACAAAAUGGUGGUACGCCAAAAGGUUUCUGCAUCCAGACAUUGUUGCGCCAUAUGAAUAUAUAUUCAUCUGGGAUGAAGAUCUAGGAGUUGAGCAGUUUGAUGCUGAGGAGUACAUUAGACUUGUGAAGAAGCACGGAUUAGAAGUUUCACAGCCUGGUUUGGAAGCCCACAAGGAAGUUGGGAUAACAUGGCAAAUCACAAAGCAGAUCAAAGGCAACACUGAAGUUCACAAAGAAACAACAGAGAGACCAGGCUGGUGUUGGGACCCUCAUCAGCCUCCAUGUGCAGCGUUUGUUGAGAUCAUGGCUCCUGUCUUCUCGAGAAAUGCAUGGCGCUGCACGUGGCAUAUGAUUCAGAAUGACUUGGUCCAUGGUUGGGGUCUUGACUUUGCACUUCAAAGAUGCGUUGAGUCGCCUGCGCAUGAGAAGAUUGGAGUCGUCGAUGCUCAACCCAUUGUUCAUCAAGGCAUUCCUUCACUUUCGGGGAAAAACUCAGAGAAUGGGAAAUCUAAACGGAUAGAGGUUAAACAAAGGAGUAGAAGAGAGUGGCAAAUGUUUCAGGAGAGGAUAGGGAAUGCAGAGAAGGCCUAUUUUAAGUCAAUUGGAGUAUAACAUUAGCGAAUAUAUAGCAUAGAUACUCAAUAGGAUCAUGACCAUAUAUCUUUGUGGGUCCUUUAUUCUCACUUUAGAUCAUCAUGUGUUAAAAUGCCAAACUAAAGGUGACUUUACACCAAAAAAAAUGUUCUCAAUCUCACUUUUUGUUA